UCACUAUCGGAUGCUAAUAACAAGGGAACGUGUGUAUGUCCGCGACGCAAUGCGCCGGAGUGUUUCGUAGAGUGAGGACGUCAACGAUCGACUUCUCGCCUAGGAUAAUUUUGAGGAAAUGCCAACUCCAGAAUACAAUGUGGACUUCGAUCUCGGCGAGCCCCCACCAGAUUUGCAGGAGUACGCUCGCCUCCAAUGUGGCGAAGACCCUAAUUCGCGGCUACAAGCAAUUUACGAGCUUAGAGACAUGAUAUAUGAACGCGGCGAAUGUACUCCCCAUCGAAUGGAUGAUGAGUAUUUGUUACGAUUUUUGAGGGCACGCAAUUUUAUUCCACAACGAGCACAUAGACUGAUGGUAAAUUAUUACCAGUUUAAAGAAGAUAAUCCAGAGUUGUUUGAAAACGUUUACCCCUUAGACUUGAAGAGGAUAGGAGAUAAUAAUAUUGUAUCUGCGCCACCGUAUCGUGAUCAACAUGGACGAAGAUUGCUUUUUUUCAGACUUGGAUGUUGGGAUCCGAAGGAAACGUCGGUAGAAGAUCUCUUCAAAGCCACCAUAUUUACAUUAGAACUGGGCCUAUUAGAGCAACGCACUCAAAUAUUAGGAGGAGUGGCAUUGUUUGAUCUGGAGGAUCUGGGCAUUCAACACGCCUGGCAAAUUACUCCUUCAGUCGCAACUAAAAUUAUUAAGCUUCUGGUGUCAUCUUUUCCAACGAAGACUCACGCCAUACAUAUAAUUAAUCAUUCGUGGAUUUUUGAUAAAAUAUAUAAUAUAUUCAAGCCACUUCUUACGAAAGAGAUGAGCUCUAAGAUCUACUUCCACGGCCACGACAAAACUUCGCUUCACAAGCACAUCAGUCCUGAUCAUUUACCAGAGAGAUAUGGAGGCACCUGGCCAGAAUACCCGUACACGAUUUGGCUUGAAUCUUUAAAAACAAAUUUCAUCGUAGCCAAAGAUAUUCUAGCAAAUGGAUACAAGUUUCGCGAAGAAGAAAUUUGUCCUGAAGUAGUGAGACGACUUAAAGAGGAAGGCAUAAAACUAUCUUAAGUGGACAACAUAGUAUUGUAACCAUGUGGCCAUAAUUUUCCGCAGUUCCACAUUUUGAUAUAAAUAUAUUUAAUGUGAAAUUCUUAGUCAUACUGAAUCUUAAUUUAAAAGUUAACUUUUUUUUUGUUGUAAUUAGAUUAUAAUAAUUUUCAUGCCAUUAAACAUGUAUAUUUACGUACAAUUUACGUAUUCAAUACUAGUUUUCGUUAAUUAUAUUUUAUAUAGGUAUAUAUUAAAGUUAAAUGAUACCAAUCCCUAAAAGCAAAACGGUUUUUUUUUGCUUUAACAGCUAAACAUUACUAAAAAAGAACU